AUGAACUCGACGGUUCUGCAACCAAUCACCACCGGUCAGUCACCACACCCAUCGACCUUCUUUCCGGAGCUCAAACAAUGCAAGACGAAGCGGGAUUUGAUUCAAGUACACGCCAGACUUAUCAAAACCGGACGCAUCCGUGACCCACUUGCCUCCGCCGAGCUGCUCCGUUUCUACGCCAUUUCCGACCCACCUCUCCGAGACCUCCAGUACGCCCGCCGCCUGUUCGAUCAAAUGAGCCAACCCAACUGCUUCUCUUGGAACACCAUCAUCAGAGCUCUAUGCGAUAGCAACGACCCAUUAGAAUCCUUCGUUCUGUUUACCCAAAUGGUCGAAAAAAGCAACGAUUUUGCAAAACCCAAUAAGUUCACCUUUCCGUCUGUGCUUAAAGCGUGUGCAAAAACGGGCAGGCUCGAAGAAGGUAAGCAAACUCAUUGUCUUGUAGUAAAGCACGGAUUACUGAAUGAUGGGUUUGUGUUAAGCAAUUUGGUUCGAAUGUACGCCAUGUGUGGUACCAUGAACGACGCUCAUCUUCUUUUUGAUUCUUUCAAAACGAAUUCGGAAAUGGGUGAAAUUGUUUUAUGGAACGUAAUAAUCGACGGCUAUAUAAGACUUGGCGAACUCAAAACUGCACGAAACCUGUUCGAUAAAAUGCCGCAAAGAACUGUAAUGUCUUGGAACUCCAUGAUUUCUGGGUACGCACAAAAUGGGUUUUUCAUGGAAUCUUUAGAACUAUUUAGACAAAUGCAAAUGGAAGAUGAUACCACAAUACCAAACUACAUCACUUUGAUCAGUGUACUUCCAGCAAUUUCAAGACUCGGUGCACUUGAAAUCGGGAAAUGGGUACAUUUCUACGCAGUGAAGAACAACAUAAACAUCGACCCAAUCCUCGGUUCUGCACUAAUUGACAUGUAUUCAAAAUGUGGAAGCAUGGAUGAAGCGCUUCAACUCUUUAAUUCUCUAACACAAAAGAACGUAAUCACAUGGAACUCAAUAAUCACCGGGCUCGCUAUCCAUGGCCGAGCCAACGAUGCUCUUAAUCACUUCAAGAAAAUGCAAGAAAACGGGGUUUCACCAAGCGAUGUAACUUAUAUCGCGGUCUUAACCGCAUGUAGCCAUGGUGGUCUAGUUGACCAAGGGUUGUCAGUUUUCAACAACAUGGUUCGAACCGGUGGGUUAACCCCAAGGAUCGAACACUACGGAUGUAUGGUUGACCUACUCGGCCGUGCGGGCCGUCUACAAGAAGCCGAAGAGUUCAUACUCAACAUGCCGGGUGAACCGGACCAUGUGGCCUUAAAGGCCUUACUUGGUGCUUGUAAAAAGCACCAAAAAUUUGAGAUUGGUGAACGUACAGGGCAGCGUCUUCUGGAAACAAAUCCAGAAGACGGGGCCCCGUACGUAGCCCUAUCCAACAUGUACGCCUCUCAGGCGAACUGGGAUAGGGUUGCGGAAACAAGGUUGAAAAUGAAGGAAAACAAUGUUCAAAAAGAUCCGGGGUGUAGUUGGAUUGAGAUCAAUGGGGCCAUUCAUGAGUUUUUUGUUGAGGAUGAAUCGCAUAUAAAAUCAAAAGAUAUUCGUAUGAUGUUGGAAGAAAUGAUGGAGAACUUGAGUCUGUCUGGUUAUAAACCGGACAGGUCUCAAGUUUUCCUAAAAGUGGAUAAUGAUGAGAAAGAAUCGGUUUUACGGUAUCAUAGUGAGAAGAUUGCGGUUGCUUUUGGGUUGAUUAGUACGAGUCGUGAGAUGACGGUUAAGGUGGUUAAGAAUUUGCGGAUAUGUGAUGAUUGUCACUCCACGUUUAAACUUGUUUCUAGAAUAUAUGGACGAAGGGUUAUUGUGAGAGAUCGAAAAAGAUUUCAUCAUUUUGAGAAUGGAUCUUGUUCUUGUAUGGAUUAUUGGUAA